AUGUCGUCGCCUACCCUCCCUACGCGCCGACCCACUUACCCUCUCGCUCAUGCUUUUCGCCGUAAACCUCGACGUCUGCCUCUCGUUCUCCGCUUCUCGAAGGGCGCUAUACACAACAUAAUCUUAAUGCCAGUACUGCUUCAUUCGCUCUUCACCGCCUUGAUCGUCUACAUCGAUACGCGCUAUGUAGACAGUAUAUCCAUCCCUGCUACCAUUAUACCGUCGCUCUCCAUCGUGGUUGGUCUAAUGCUGGUCUUCAGAAAUAGCACAGGCUACGACCGAUUCUGGACCGGAAGAAACUGCCUCACGACAAUCGGAACCUCCGUACGAAACCUUGCUCGAAUCUGUCUGGUGAACUCGCGAGACAAAGACGGACAUUCCACCGAAGAGGAGAGGAGAGACACAGAGAAGAUAGUACGGGUCCUCGUAGCAGUUCUCUACUCCAUCAAGCACAACCUGCGCGCAGAAUUCAAUAUCCCACCUGCGAGUCUCGCUUCUUUGCCUCCACAACCAAGCGUCUACCCGCAACGCUCCCGCCCCGUAUCCAGGCGCCCCAGCUACAUCGACCGCACAGGUUCCAAUUUCGGCACGGUUUCGUUCCCGCCUACUCUCGUAAACAGCACAAGUACCACACCUCUGCUCGGGUCAUCCACCGCCACGCUAGAAAACGGCGAUGGUACGACACCCAUGAAGAAAGAUGAAUAUGUAUCACUUCUUCCAGAAGGCCUGAUGGGCUACGAAGACCAAGGUCUCGGUUUACCCUUACAACUUACAAUCCUCUUGGAAGGUUACAUCCGCCGAGGCCACGACAGAGGCUGGUUCCACGCGCCCCUCUCCUCUCAAAUGACCGUUCAGCUGAACACUCUCGUCUCCGCGUAUGGCACCAUGGAAACUAUUCACAGCACGCCCAUUCCCGUCGCGCAUCUGAUCCACCAAAAGCAGGUCCUGGCACUCUAUGCUUGUGUUCUGCCGUUUGCCAUUGUAGAUGACUACAGGUGGUGGAGUGUACCUAUUGUGGCUAUCAUCGCCUUCACACUCUACGGUAUUGAGGGAAUUGGCGUGCAACUGGAGGAUCCAUUUGGAUAUGAUAAGAAUGACAUCAAGAUGGACGGCAUCAUCGAAGAUACGAGGCAGGAGGUUAUGGUGCUGUUGGAGGAGUGGAGGGCGAGCCAUGAGGGGAGGGCUAUGGGGGGUAUGUUCGAGUGUGAGUGA